AUGAACGCAAACUGUCUCCUCAGGCGGCCGGUCGGCUGUCUGAAGACGGCCCUCCGUCAGACCCGCCACCAGAGACUGCUCACCCGCACCAUGGCCACCGCCGCCGAGCCGCUGGUAUCAACACCACCCUCGACUCCCGCACCCUCGAUCAAGCCCUCCAUGUUCGGCCCCAAACACAAGCCCACCUUCGCCGUCUACCCAGCCCUCCCCUCCAUCCGCGAGACACACAAGAACCCGAUGCCGGCGCUCGACGAGAAGCAGCGCGCCAAGUUGGACCCGACGGGGGCGCGGACGCGGCUGUUCGACCCGGAGCGCCCGGACGCGGCCAAGGUCGGCGACGUGCUGAUGGUGACGACCAAGUCGGGCGAGCCCUUCUCGGGGGUGUGCAUGAGCAUCCGGCGCCGGGGCGUGGACACGGCGAUCCUGCUCCGGUCGCAGCUGAUGAAGGUCGGCGUCGAGAUGUGGCACAAGAUCUACUCGCCCACGGUCGUCGGUAUCGACAUCGUCUGGCGCAGGCCCAAGCGCGCGCGCCGCGCCCGCCUCACGUACAUGCGCAAGCCCAAGCACGACAUGGGCAACGUCGAUCAUCUCGUCUUUGCCUGGAAGAAGGAGAGGUACGGCAUGCGCAGCAGGGGCAAGGGACAGAUCGGUACGAGGUUCGAGAAGAAGUGA